AGCUUGUGCCUCAUUGCAUCCCCAGCAACUGAAACAGCAGCAAAAGGAAGGACCUGUGUCAGGAACCGUUCCAUGCUUUCUAAGGGAGAACCGAACUGCGGUGCUGGCGAGGAGAAGAAGCUGCAACUAUAUAGUGGGAGUCCGUGCCAGGUGAUGGAUUACAACUACGAUGAAGAUCUGGAUGAGCUGUGUCCGGUGUGCGGGGACAAAGUGUCGGGGUAUCAUUAUGGGUUGCUCACCUGCGAGAGCUGUAAGGGAUUUUUUAAAAGAACUGUCCAAAAUAACAAGCGUUACACCUGCACAGAGAAUCAGAGCUGUAAAAUAGACAAAACUCAAAGGAAGAGAUGUCCUUACUGCCGCUUUCAGAAGUGUCUGAAUGUAGGAAUGCGGUUGGAAGCUGUGCGUGCUGACCGCAUGAGAGGAGGACGUAACAAGUUUGGACCCAUGUACAAGCGAGACCGUGCCUUGAAACAACAGAAGAAAGCACUAAUCCGGGCUAAUGGCAUAAAACUGGAGACUGUCCCACAAAUAGUGUCUCCAGCUCAGCAUGACUACACCAUCUCUAACAACAUCCACACUAUCCACCCAUCAACCAAGAGCCUUCCUCCUAACCCUACCCCUAUGACACCUGUAGAGUAUGACCGAGGGUCGUAUGGACCUUCCCCACCGGGAAUGACUAUGCCUAACCAUGCACAACUGUCUGGCUAUCAUUACUCUUCAUUUCCAAAUCGUACCAUUAAAUCAGAAUACCCAGACUACUAUACACACAUGCAUGAUCCAAAUGCAGUGGGAGGUUAUGUGUACCCUGAGGCCUACACAAACAGCUCCCCACCAGACAUUCCCGAAGUGAUCCUUAAACUGCUACAACUAGAACCUGAUGAGCCUCAAGUGAAGGCCCGGAUAGUAUCAUGUCUGCAGCAAGAACAGAGCAAAAAUCGGCACGAGAAGCUUAGCAUGUUUGGUUUGAUGUGCAAAAUGGCUGACCAGACACUCUUCUCUAUAGUAGAAUGGGCACGGAGCUGCAUUUACUUCAAGGAGCUGGAGGUCAGUGAUCAAAUGAUUUUACUGCAGAAUUGCUGGAGUGAACUGUUGGUGUUUGAUCAUAUCUACAGGCAAAUGCAACACAGCAAGGAGAACAGUAUCCUCUUAGUUACUGGCCAAGAGAUUGAUAUGUCGAGCAUUUCCUCUCAGGCUGGAUCUACUCUAAAUAACUUGGUUCUGAGAGCACAAGAGUUGGUUCUACUUUUACACUCUCUACAGGUGGACAGGCAGGAGUUUGUUUGUCUCAAAUUUCUUAUACUUUUCAGUCUGGAUGAAAAGUUUCUUGAAAACCACAACCUAGCCAAGAGCGCCCAAGAAAAAGUCAACUCUGCCCUCCUUGAAUACACAAUGUGCCACUACCCUCAAUGCACAGACAAGUACCGCCUGCUCCUGUUGAGGUUAACUGAAAUUCGAUCCAUCAGUAUGCAAGCAGAAGAGUACCUUUACCACAAACACCUUAGCGGGGAAGUUCCAUGCAACAACUUAUUAAUUGAAAUGCUUCACGCCAAGCGUGCUUGAGUGGCCUCGUUGAGAACUGACUGUAGCCUGAAGAGAUUGCUUGCUGACGGCAAUCCAAAAAUGGUGACUUUUCAAAGAGUGACUUUUAAUAAUGCUGCCUGUCAAGGAAAAAAAUAAGUAAAAAGAGGAGUUGAUGGUGUAUUUAACCUAUAGUAUUGGAAAUUUCAGAUUUAUUUUAAUACAGCUGUGGAUCUUAACCGAGUGAUAUUAUAUAUGUCAAGACAUUUUAACACGAUUACCAUAUCUGCUUAUGUUUUUGUUCUCGUCAAUAAAAAAAUGUCUCUUAAAGUUUAUGGUGGGAAAAAAACAGCAACAACAAAAAAUACAGUGUAUGUGGAAGAUAUAACGGUGGAUCAUUAACAUCCCUUUGCACUUAGUAAGCUAAAAACUAAAUGUAAUGUUAUUUUUCUUUUCAUUUGUAUUGGUUAGAGUCGGGCUAAUUGCUAAGUUUACAAUGUUUUAAUUAAAA